AUGUCGUCAUUUACAACUACAACCAAUGAACCACAAAACCGCACUCAUCGUCGUCUACUUUUCGAAGGUUUUAAUAUUCAUGAUACUAUGAAUUCUUCUCAUCGUCGUCAUUCAGGAACAAUGUUUACAUCAACACCUGAUCAUAAAUUACAUGAAAAAGAAAACGAACAUAUAGAUUUAAUUCAAACAAAUGAAUCUCAAUCAUCAGAACCAUGUUUAUUACAAUUACAAAACGCUCGACAAUUACUUCAUUCAAUGAGUCGAACAAAUAUUCUACCAAUUAAUGAACAACCAUUAAUUGAUGAUCAACAACCACGAUCUGAAUUUCUUAGUGAAGCAAAUCCUGAAUUAGUAUAUUACAAAUCAUCAUUAGAAAGUGAACGUAAUCGUCGAAAACAGUUAGAAACAUUAAUUGAUGUACAACAACAACGUUUAACAGAAGCUGAAUCUGAAUUAAUACAAUUACGUGCAAAUGAUCAUAAAAAAACUUUAUGUAUGAAACAACUUGAACAAAUGAUACCAAAUGUUGUUGAUGAAUGGAAACAAAAAGAAAAUGAUUAUAAGAUAAAAUUAAAUAAUUUAACACAACAAAUUAAACAAAAUGAACAAAUAAAUCGAGAAAAAAAUUUAAAUGAAAAACAACAAUUUGAUAUAAAAUUAAAUGAAAAAAAUUUACUCAUUGAACGUUUAACAAAAGAUAAUGAUAAUAUGAAAGAAGAUUAUGAAAAUCUACAAUCAAAAACAAAACAAAAUGAACAACGUAUACAACAAUUAACAAAAGAUUCUGAACAAGCUAAACAACGGUGGUCUACACUUGAAAAUGAUUUACGUAAUGAAAUCAAAAAUGGCGAGACUCGUUUUACUGAUAUACAAUCUGAAUUGGACAAAAAACAAGAACAAAUUGAACAACUGUUACGUGAUCAACAUAAACUAAAUGGUGAUUAUCAAAUCAAAAUUCGUCAAUUAGAAAAUGAUCUUGAUGAACAACGACGUGAGAAUAAUGUAUUGAAAAUGGAACUUGAAUUGCGUGAAGCCAAAUAUCGUGCUCAAACUGAAUCUCUUAAAAUUCAACUUAUGCGUGAUGCUGAAACUAAAUUAAAUCAACGUCUUGAAGAACAACAUGCGAAACAUAUUCAAAUUGAAGAAGAAAUAAAUGAAUUACAUCGUCGUAAAUUAUCUGAUUUAGAAGAAAAACAUGAACAAAUUUUAUCACAUGAACGUCAUGAACAUGAAAAUCGUGUUCAAGUAUUAUUAAAUAAACUUGAUCAAAUGAAAAAUGAAAUUGAACAGAUACAAUCGACAACAAAUGCUGAACGACAAGAUUUAGCAAAAAAACUACAAGAUGUAUUUGAAACAGCACUUUUUAAAGGAUCAACAAAAAUAAAUUUUUCACAAAAUGAACCAAUUAAUUCAUCAUCAUCUUCAUCAUCAACACAAUUUAAUCAAAUAAAAUUACCAUUAAGUGAUACACAAGUUAAAGUUAAAAAUACGGAAUAUCUUCCUUCAUUACCAUUAACUAAUAAUGAUCAUCCAACUAAUAUAUCAACAAUACGAUCACUUUCAUCUCGUAUUGAUUCACUUGUUGAUCAAACAAAUCGAGUUGCUAAUGGUUAUGAAUUCAAUUCUCAUUUACCAUUACCAAUGCACCAAGAAAAUACUUUACAAAUGUUUGAUAAUAAUCAAAAUCAUUUAUUAUCUUCUCAACCACAUAGUACUCUUCAUUCACCAUUUUUUCGUUCAACUCCAAUUGAUUCAUUACCAGAUUGGUAUCCACAAACAAUAACUCAAUCUUCUCUUCAUACAAAUAAUAAUAAUCAAUUAACUAAUCGAAGUCAUUCAGCAGAUCCUAUUAGUAAUAGUGGAUUAUUUUCAAUUUAUCCUUCAAAUAAUUAUGAACAACAACAAAAAUCAUCCAAUUCUUUUAGUCUUGAUAGUAAUUUAAAUAUGAAUCAUAUAUAUCAACCAACAGUAUCAUCGUAUCGUUCAACAUCUUCAAUUACAACAAAUUUUGUUGAUCAUCAACAAGAAGUACAAGGAACUCUAUCAAAAGAUAGUAUUGAAAAUCAACAAAAUGAUCAAACAUCAUCAACAAAUGAAUCUUUAUCAAGAUAUGUUAAAAUGUUACUUGAACGACCACCAACUCAAGAUCAUAAUACAUCAAAUAAACAUCCAUUGGCUAAAACAAAUCGAUCAUUACAUAAUAUACAAUUAUCUAUUGAACAAUUAAAUUUAGCUGAACGAGAUGAAAAAGUAAUUGUUGAUGAUUUAGUUUUACACAAUGAAUCACAUUCAUCACAUGGUAUAACACCAAGGCAACAUAAUAAAUCAUCGGUAACAACACAUGGUGGUGGAGUUAAAAAACGACUUGAUUAUGAUAUACAUAAUACUAAACAAAGUAAUACAAAUGAUUUAUUUGAACGACUUUCUCAACCAAAAACAAAAGUUAAAAAAGAUAAACCAAAACAACAACAACAACAACAACAACAAUCAUCAACAGCAGGACAUGGUGCAUGGAAAUAA